AUGAAGCUGACUGAUAGUAAACUACUGUAUGCUAUAUUAAAUUGUUGGAUAAAUGUUAAUAUCAGUGCAGAAAUAAUAAAAUUCCCUCUGUUUGUGCGAGCAUUAACUAUAGCUAUUGUCAUAGUAGGUUCAAAACCGAAUCAUUCUUACGAAGAUUUCUUUGACCAUGCUCAUGUGAAAUUAUUGACUUAUUAUAUUCAGUCUGAACCACUUCCAGAACUUGAAAUCCAGGCUCGAGAAAUUCAAUGUCUGUCUGGCAUUCAUAUAAUGUCUGCAGUACUUGGGCAUCCUGAAGGAAUGGUAUUAAGACUAUUCCAUACACUCUAUCAGGAUAGUAUUAUAAGUAAAGAAUCGUUUGAACUAUGGAAAAAAGAAUAUGAAUUCAAACUAAGAUUUAAUGAAGACUUUGAAAGAAAAACCAUAUCUAGUGUAGUUUUUAAUUCAUUCUUCCUUUCACUGUCAGUAAACGAUUCUGAUUCUGAUGAAACAUUUGAUUAG